GCAGGCCUGGCGGGACGGGACGGGGCAACCCGGAAGGACACAAGACGCGGCCCGCCUGUCUCCCUAGGACAGAGAGACCCACUGUCCGGCCGGCCUUUUGCCCAGGCGACUGCAGCCAGGAUGGGCCGGAAGGUGACCGUGGCCACCUGCGCGCUCAACAGUGGGGCCCUGGACUUCGAGGGCAAUUUGCAAAGGAUUUUAAAGAGUAUUGAAAUUGCCAAACACAAAGGAGCAAGAUACAGGCUUGGACCAGAACUGGAAAUAUGUGGCUACGGAUGUUGGGAUCAUUAUUACGAGUCGGACACCCUCCUGCAUUCGCUCCAGGUCCUGGCUGCCCUUCUGGAGUCUCCAGUCACUCAGGAUAUCAUCUGUGAUGUGGGAAUGCCCAUAAUGCACCGAAACGUCCGCUACAACUGCAGGGUGAUAUUUCUCAACAGGAAGAUCCUGCUCAUCAGACCCAAAAUGGCCUUGGCCAAUGAAGGCAACUACCGAGAGCUGCGCUGGUUUACCCCGUGGUCCAGGAGUCGGCAAACAGAGGAAUAUUUUCUUCCCCGGAUGAUACAGGACCUGACAAAGCAGGAGACCGUGCCCUUUGGGGACGCUGUCCUCUCCACCCGGGACACCUGCAUCGGGAGUGAGGUCUGCGAAGAGCUCUGGACACCCCACAGCCCACACGUGGACAUGGGCCUGGAUGGCGUGGAGAUCUUCACCAACGCCUCAGGCAGCCACCACGUGCUGCGCAAAGCCCACGCCAGGGUGGACCUGGUGACCAUGGCCACCACCAAGAACGGCGGGAUAUACUUGCUGGCCAAUCAGAAGGGCUGUGACGGGGACCGGCUGUACUACGACGGCUGUGCCCUGAUAGCCAUGAACGGCAGCAUCUUUGCCCAGGGAUCCCAGUUCUCUCUGGACGACGUGGAAGUCCUCACUGCCACGUUGGAUUUGGAGGACGUCAGAAGCUACAGGGCAGAGAUUUCAUCUCGAAACCUGGCGGCCAGCAAGGUGAGCCCCUACCCCCGUGUGAAGGUGGACUUCGCCCUGUCCUGCCACGAGGACCUGCUGGAGCCGCUCUCUGAGCCCGUUGAGUGGAAAUACCACAGUCCCGCCGAGGAGAUCAGCCUCGGACCUGCAUGCUGGCUCUGGGAUUUUUUAAGACGUAGCCAACAGGCGGGGUUCUUCCUGCCCCUGAGCGGCGGGGUGGACAGCGGGGCCACCGCCUGUCUCGUCUACUCCAUGUGCCACCAGGUCUGCGAGGCUGUGAAGCAUGGAAAUGAGGAAGUGCUGGCCGACGUCCGGACCAUUGUGAACCAGACCAGCUACACCCCCCAGGACCCCCGGGAGCUCUGCGGCCGCGUCCUGACCACCUGCUACAUGGCCAGUGAGAACUCCUCCCGGGAGACUUGCAGCAGAGCCGGAGAUCUCGCCCAGCAGAUCGGAAGCUGCCACAUCGGUCUCAACAUCGACCCAGCCGUGAAGGCCGUCAUGGGCAUCUUCAGCCUGGUGACGGGUAAAAGCCCUGUGUUUGCAGCUCACGGAGGAAGCAGCCGGGAGAGCCUGGCCCUGCAGAAUGUACAGGCGCGCGUGAGGAUGGUCAUUGCCUACCUCUUCGCUCAGCUGAGCCUCUGGUCCCGGGGCGCCCCCGGCAGGCUUCUCGUGCUUGGAUCUGCCAACGUGGAUGAGAGCCUCCUCGGCUACCUGACCAAGUACGACUGCUCCAGCGCAGACGUCAACCCCAUAGGCGGGAUCAGCAAGACGGACCUGAGAGCCUUCGUCCAGCUCUGCAUGGAGCGCUUCGAGCUUCCCGCCCUGCAGAGCAUCCUGGUAGCGCCGGCCACUGCCGAGCUGGAGCCCUUGGCCCAUGGACGGGUGUCCCAGACUGACGAGGAAGACAUGGGAGUGACCUACGCAGAGCUGUCGGUCUACGGGAGGCUCCGGAAGAUCGCCAAGAUGGGGCCCUACAGCAUGUUCUGCAAACUCCUCUACGUGUGGAAGGACGUCUGCACCCCCAGACAGGUGGCCGACAAAGUGAAGCGGUUUUUCUCGAAGUAUUCCAUGAAUAGACACAAAAUGACCACACUGACCCCCGCGUAUCACGCCGAGAGCUACAGCCCAGACGACAACAGGUUCGAUCUGCGGCCGUUUCUGUACAACACCCGCUGGCCUUGGCAGUUCCGCUGCAUAGAAACUCAGGUCCUCCAGCUGGAGAGAAGACAGCGUCAGGACCUGGACGGUGUGGACUGAGCCCGGGUCCUGCACAGAGGGCUCCCCUCCCGCGAGGAUGCGCGUUGCACGUCUGCCUUGCUGGUGGCUGUGAGCGGGAAAGGCUGGCGUGUCCACAAGCCCCGUCCGACGUGUUUCGAGGAGAGGGAUCUUUUCAGUCUGGUUUCUUUAAAAAAGGCUGAAAUACAAGAGGAUGCAAUUUUAA